AAAAUCCAAACAAACCCUAGACAUCAAUCGCUCAGCUCCCACACACAACUAUACCAAAUCAAUUCUCGGCCAUUUAGAUUCUUUUUCCUUCUCCUUUUUCACGCAUACAGAUUUUCUUCUCCACACAAAUUAACUAUUCCGCACAUCCAUUCUCGAUAAUAAUUCGUAUUUCCCGAACUUCGCCGUAUGUAGUCAAUUCUCGGUAUUCACUAUUGAUCGAACACCUACCCACAAUUAUAAGGUCAUGGCAACCAAAGAUUUUGCAAACAACUUCUAUAUGGCGAAAACCUUCGCCACGACGUAUCCUGAGAUCGUUGCAAUUUUGAAAGGGCAUCCACUAUAUCCAGCUCUUUCUAAGAAGGCUAUCGUCCCUUCUGAUUAUCUAACACAAAUGUGGAAAUCUUUGACUUUUGUUCCUGAUUCGGAACUAUUCCAUUUCAAGCUAGUAUCAGGUGAAACCUUUCGCCUCCAAUUUGAUCUUGAAUUGUUUCGCAGAACCAUUGGUUUCCCACUUUCUAAUGCUUACCCUAAUAAACUCAACUUUGAACAAAUUCCUUCCAAUGUCACCAUUGUCGACGCCUUAAAUGCCUUAGGCUAUGAGGGUCGGUUUAGAAAGGUUUCUGAGUUCAAACGCAAUCUGUUCGCGAAACGUUGGUGCAUUCUUUACAUGAUCAUCAACCGAUGUCUCACCCAUUCUUAUUCCGGUAUCGAUUCGCUGACUAAGCAAAUCGCGCAAGUUCUAUAUGGUGUUGCCUACCACCGUCACAUCGACUUUGCCCAAAUCAUCUGGUCCAACCUCAUUAAAAUCACCCGAAAGAAAAACAAGUUCACCAAAUACAUUCCAUACACCCGCUUUCUUUCCAUUAUCCUCGAUCACUUUUUGAACACCCACCCAGAAAUACCAACACUAGCAGAUGAUGAACCGGUUUUUCUGAGCUCCAUGAAGUACAUUCAUGAUAACACGGGUUCAAAUGUUGCUCAACCAGCUGACAUUCCUCAAUCGUUACUGAUUCUUGCUGAUCGUAAUGAUCAGGCAAUCUUGCGGUAUAGAGAGUUAGUCGCUAGUAUGGAGCCGGCACAACCUCAGGCUCUUGCCCCACGAGCACGUAGGUCAGCUAGGAAGGGGUCUAGUAGGUCAAAGUCCCAACAAGAAACUGAGGGGGAAAGAAAAGAGGGUGAUUUAGGUGAAGAUACCUUAAGAGAAGGAGGUCAAAAGCGCCUUUAUGACACCCCCCCUGAACAACCAUCUACUGAACCGAGCGUCGAACCUUCUCAACCAUCACUUCAAGUUGAACCAACUGUUCCUGCAGCCACAUCAUCGCUUACACAAGAUCCACCAACCUCCCCGUCUACUGGCCGUUUCAAUGUUGUCAGGAGCUAUAAAAAGAGAAAGACUCAAAAAAGACGGAGGGUUGUAGAAGUGGCUGCGGAAGAGGCACCAGUACCAUCUGAGCAGCUACCAAUUGUGCUUUCGUCUGUGUCUGAACCUGCUGUUCUAUCUUCACUUGAAUCAGGACAUGAUGACACAGUAAGUCAAGUUAACGACGAACUGUUUGUUUUUGAGCAAGCGGAAAUGGAGUUACAAGGUGGGAUCAAGGGAGUUUUAGAAAAAUCUGGAGAGAUUAAGCAGCAUGGGAUUGAGAUUGGGCAAAGUAAAAGAGAUAGCCCUCCUCGAAACACCCCCAAAAUCCAGGAGACCACAUCUGUUGCUGCGACACAUAUGUUGCAUCAUAGCAAUGAAGAAGUCCUUGCCUGCCCACCAGUGGAUGCACAAACCCACCAUAGCCACUCGGUCUCUCAACAGCGAGAGAUCGUUCCAAGUGUCCACGGGGAGUCACAGCAUAAUUUACCGUCUUCUCAUUUGGGGCAAGGUAUUGAGUCCUAUAUCGCCGCUAUGACUCUGGCACGGAUGCAGACUCAUCAGAAGACUACCAUGGAUCCACUUCAAAUCUCACAAUCAACCACACUUACAUCAUCAUCAUCACAAUCACAGUCAAUCCCACAAUCGCAAACUCAACCACAAUCCCAAACACAACAACAAUUUUCAUGCUCUCAACCAUCAUCUAUACUCACUGAACUAAAUUGGCGUGAUCUUAAAGCUUUAUUUUACUCACGCCUUCUUAUUCAACCAACUCGCACACCGACAGAAAAUGCAGUACUCUCCCUGUUAUCCUCUGAACUAAGCUCGACUACACAACCUCCACUUGACCUUUCCUCAUUUCUGUCACGGCUUGAUCUGAUUGAUCGCCGUCUUGCCUGCCUUGAGUCCUGCCGACCAUUCCCCACUCCUUCAGGAUGCCGUCAUGAUGAUCAUGAUUCCCAGGAUCCUCCUGAGGGCAAGAAUAGGUAAUCUGGUUCGCUUUUUGAGUCAACAUCAACCGUUAAAGGAUCAGGGGAGAACAGGGGAUUUGGUUUGUUUAUCCUCAAUAAGCAUUACCUACCUGCCAGCCAAUAAUAAAAGUACAUAUUAACAUAUCUAAUUUCACUUUUGUUUCUAUUUGUUGUAGCAUAUAAUCAGCAUGCAUGAUCUUAUUUUUUAACAUAUUAUCACACAAUUAGGCAUAGUUUUUGGCUCUUUUAGACAUAUACUUGCACAAGUAGCACAUAUCAUCUUCUCCCACUCUCUGAAUUUAAUCGUCAUUAUUGUUGGUUAAGCUUAAAACACAAUGGUUCCAACAGUAGCCAUACUACUUGUUCCAACGCUUUUCACAAUUUCAUCUUCCCUGUUAUCUUCAAUAGCUAAUGAUGCAUACCAUCUCCACAUACCACUACCGUGUCACGUUGCGAAGUCAACGAUGAUGACAGUUUGUUACCUGGGUCUAUGAUAACGAUUUCUGAGAUGAAAAUGGUUCAGAUGCUAAUGUUUUUUUAAGCUUCCUGCUAGUAUCGAAAAAUGGUUCUUAUGCUAAUGUUUCUGAGAUGAAAAUGGGGACACAUACUGGAACCCAUGUUAAUGCUACUGGACAUGAUUGAUCAUCACUUCGAUACUGACCGAGUUACUAGUGUCUCAAUGUCCUGCAUCAAGUUAGCAUCAUUAUUGUAGUGAAUGUAUUGAUUACUUACCCGUGCUGCAAUCGUUGAUUCUGUUCCUACUCAUUGUGUCUUCUUCGAAAGCAGUGAAAUGAUUAUUGUUGAAGGUCUGAAACUUGACGAUGUAGAAGUAGGACUGUAUAACCUCCACUGUUUACCGUUAAGGUUAUUAGGAGCAGAAGGAUCUCCCAUAAGAUAUAUUCUCAUAAAGUGAUAGCAGUAUAGUUGGUAGUGAUUCCAAUGGAAAACGUUGAUGGUAGCUCCUGUUUCGGACAUUUGGUAGAGAUUUUGGAUGAACAUGUAUCUUAUGGAACCUUACCAUAUAUGCUGUAAAAGUUGCCACUGGGUUCUCUGUGAUGAAAACGUUCCUGUUGGGAUUUGCAUCACUCUGUUGGGAGGAGCAAUGCUCAAUUAUAUUUUGUAGCUGAGGUAGUUAAAAAAACGAGCUUGAUGUAAUUUCCAAACUAUCUUCUCACUGUAAGGUAAUAAUUGUUUUCGGGAUAUGGAAUAUGAUAAGGAAUACAAAACAUCCAAUUUGAAUUUUGCAUA